AUGUUUUAAAAGAAGUAAAAAUAAAAUAAAAUAAAAAAUUAAAUUAAAUAAAAACAAAAAUAGUCUCCAAUCGAUUUUCAUACAAUCCAUAAAAUAAAGUUUACAAUAAACAAUGUAAUAAUAAUGAAAUAAGGAGAGCCUAAAAACUGGUUUUUUACAAAUGAAAAAGGAAUUAUAGAAACAAAAGAUGAAGAAUGGCUUAAAUUGAAUGUAAUAAAAGAAUAUUUCAAAAAUCCAAAAAUAAGAAAGUAAGAUUUGGCUGAAAUCGAAAAUUAAAGUGAUACGGUUUAUCUUAAUUUUUCGGAAAAAACACCUUCUUUAAAAAUCGAUUUGCAAGAUAAAUUUCUAUUUUAUUUUUAUUAAAAGGUCAGAGAUUCAGUUGUUAUUAGACCUGCUUCAUAAUCAGUUAUAGAAGAACUUUUAUCAAAGCCCUAAGAUUAUUAAGAGUUUUUAAACUAUUUAACGAAAAUAAUAGGAUAUUAUCCAAUAAAUUCAUAUAAAGGAUGUUCUCUAUAUUAAGUACAAUAUAAUGGUAAGAAAAAAAGGGCAGAAAGAAUCUGUUUUAAUAAUUAGGAAGGAGAAGCUGAUUUUAAUUAUGAUAAAAAUAAUAUGGAAGCUUUUAAACCUGGUUUAAAAGACUUUACCAAAUGCGAAGGUAUUUAUUGUAAUUGUGAUUCUUAGUCUAAUAAUACGUUUUAUGAUGAAAAUGAUGAGGCUUUUUCUUUAUAUGUUAUGAAAAAUAAAAAUAAAUAAUAUUAAUCCAGAUAUAUUUAAUACAAAUCAAUAUAUUUAGAUAUAAUAGAAAGAUUUAAAACAAAAUAAAUAAUUUAAAGGCUAAAUCCUCAAGUUAAGAUUACUGAAUAAUUAUUAUUUAAAACAAGAAAAUUUUAUUCUAUUAGUUAAUUAGCAAACAGUAAAUAAUUUAAACAUUUUAGAUUUGAUAAUUUCUAUAAAAGGGUUAGAGUUUGUUAAUAUUGUGAAUGUAUGUAUAAUAAAAUAGAUAAUAUAAGAGCAAAUUAUUUAUAAUAACCUAAUCUUUAAUAAAUAACAACAGAACAAAUAUAAGCAGAAAUCGAAAAACUUUCUAAUUCUUAAGGAUUUAUACGUAAUAAUAAAUAUAUUUAAAAAAAAUAUAUAUAUAUAUUUGAAUUAAAAUAAAAAUAGUUGGUGGUACUUAACUAAAAGAAAGAUAAUUAUUUACAGAUAAUUAAAAUGUAAUAAAAAAAAAAUCAAAAAAAAAAAAAUCAAAUAAAUAAAAUAAAAUAAAAGGAAUAAAAAUAAUUCGCAUUACCAAAAAUAACCUAAAUAAUUCUAAAAGAUAAAUAAGGUUUCCUAACAUAAAAAAAGGGAAUCGUAAAUAAAUAAGAGGCAGAAGCUUUAGGUCUAAAACAUUAUUUAGGACAUACUAAAAACCUUCCUUAUAGUGAUUGUGGAUUAGCAAUAAGUAAAAGUAGUUUGGCAUUAAAUCAAUUAUAGGAUAAAAUAAAAGAAGUAGAAACUUUGAAAUAUAAAAUGGAAAACUAAAAAAUAAAAAAAGUUGUGGAAGAAAUAGAACUGAUUAUGUGUCCUUAUUAUGGAAAAGGUUAAGUAGAUACUAGCCGAUUAGAAUAAUUUAUUAAUGUUUUAAAAGUAAAAUUUAAAUAAAAAUAUAUACAAUAGUUUAUAAAAAAAAAAAAAAGGAAAGGGAAUAAAUAUAUGGUAUAGAUUAUGAAGAUAUCUAAUAUUCAAAAAAUAUAUAAAUAGUAACUGAUAAAAAUGAAUUUUUGA